UCAUGAGAGACAGAAUGUGGAAAAAAAUAAACAGAAAAUCACAUUGUUUGAUUUUUAAAGAAUUUAUUUCCAAAGUAGAGUGGAAAAUAAGUAUUUGGUCACCUACAAACAAGCAAGAUUUCUGGCUAUCAAAGAGGUGUAACUUCUUCUAACAAGGUCUAACGCGGCUCCACUUGUUACCUGUAUUAAUGGCACCUGUUUUAACUCAUUAUCGGUAUAAAAGACACCUGUCCACAACAUCAGUCACUCACACUCCAAACUCCACUAAGGCCAAGACCAAAGAGCUGUCGAAGGACACCACAGACAAAAUUGUAAACCUGCACCAGGCUGGGAAGACUGAAUCUGCAAUAGGUAAAACGCUUGGUGUAAAGAAAUCAACUGUGGGAGCAAUUAUUAGAAAAUGGAAGACAUACAAGACCACUGAUAAUCUCCCUCGAUCUGGGGCUCCAUGCAAGAUCUCACCCCGUGGCGUCAAAAUGAUAACAAGAACGGUGAGCAAAAAUCCCAGAACCACACAGGGGGACCUAGUGAAUGACCUACAGAGCGCUGGGACCACAGUAACAAAGGCUACUAUCCGUAACACAAUGCUCCGCCAGGGACUCAAAUCCUGUACUGUCAGACAUGUCCCCCUGCUGAAGAAAGCACACGCCCAGGCCCGUCUGCGGUUCGCUAGAGAGCAUUUGGAUGAUCCAGAAGAGGACUGGGAGAAUGUUUAAUGGUCAGAUGACACCAAAAUAGAACUUUUUGGUCGAAACACAGGUUCUCGUGUUUGGAGGAGAAAGAAUACUGAAUUGCAUCUGAAGAACACCAUAUCCACUGUGAAGCAUGGGGGUGGAAACAUCAUGCUUUGGGGCUGUUUUUCUGCAAAGGGACCAGGACAACUGAUCUGUGUAAAGGAAAUAAUGAAUGGGGCCAUGUAUCGAGAGAUUUUGAUUGAAAAUCUCUUUCCAUUAGCAAGGGCAUUGAACAUAAGACGUGGCUGGGUCUUUCAGCAUGACAAUGAUCCCAAACACACAGCCAGGGCAACAAAGGAGUUGCUUCGCAAGAAGCAUUUCAAGGUCCUGGAGUCUCCAGAUCUAGACCCCAUAGAAAAUCUGUGGAGGGAGUUGAAAGUCUGUGUUGCCCAACAGCAGCCCCAAAACAUCACUGCCCUAGAGGAGAUCUGCAUGGAGGAAUGGGCCAAAAUACCAGCAACAGUGUGUGAAAAGCUUGUGAAGAGUUACAGAAAAUGUUUGGCCUACGUUAUUUCCAAGAAAGGGUACAUAACAAAGUAUUGAGAUGAACUUUUGGUAUUGACCACAUGCUUAUUUUCCACCAUGAUUUUCAAAUAAAUUCUUUAAAAAUCAAACAACGUGAUUUUCAGUUUUUUUUCCAACAUUCUGUCUCUCAUGGUUUAGGUUUACCCAUGUUGACAAUCACAGGCCUGUGUAAUAUUUUCAAGUGGGAGAACUUGCACAAUUAGUGGUUGACUAAAUACUUAUUUGCCCCACUGUAUAUCCCUGCUUCAUAAAGGCUUUGUGUCACCUGAAACGGAAGGCACUCUGAAAGGUCAGAGAACAAAGCUUACUAUACAGUGUUCAUGUGUUUGCGCCUCCCUGUUUCUCAUUAAAGCCUUGUGUAGUCCGAUAAAAUCAAAUCCGUUUUGUGUAGAAAUUCGAGCCGCUCAACACAAUUUACUUUCAUACAGUCAUGCUUUUGCUUUUGAUUCAAAGGAGCUCUCAAUAGCCUUUCCAAGAAGGAUUGUAUUGGCUAUUAUUAAUAUGGAUGUGCAGCUAGUAGAAUUUGGAAUAAUCUAUAUAUGGGAUCUUAUAGUAUUGGAUGUGCCUAUAUGGUGGAACAGAAUAACAUGAUUGCUGUGCCACUGCUAGAAUGAUUGUAAUCAACUAAAAUUUCAAUAAACUUAAAACACUUACUACAUAAAUAUUGGUACUAUUCUUUUUGUUAUCACGCUGAUUUCAAGCCACCAGUUUCUUGUUGAUGUGCAUGAAGGUUGCGUUAUACAUAAACAAAAUACUGUAUAAUGAUUUGCAAAUCCUUUCUAACCUAAAGUACAAUAUAUUCAAUCAAAUAUAUCAAAAAGAACAAAAUAUUUUAUAUUUGGAUCCAUCCAUCCAUCCAUCCAUCCAUGCAUGUUUUGGACACUCGGGUGAAGAGAGGGGCGGAGCUGUCAACUGAUCACCACCUGGUGGUGUGUUGGCUCCGAUGGCGGGGGAAGAUGCUGGCCAGACCUGGAAGGCCCAAAUGUAUUGUGAGGGUCUGCUGGGAACGUCUGGCAGAAUCCCCUGUCAGAAAGAGUUUCAACACCCACCUCCGGCAGAACUUCUCCCUUGUCCCAGGGGAUGUGGGGGACAUUGAGUCCGAGUGGGCCGUGUUCCGCACCUCCAUUGUUGAGGCGGCCGAUCAGAGCUGUGGCCGUAAGGUGGUUGGUGCCUGUCGUGGCGGCAAUCCCCGAACCGGCUGGUGGACACCAGUGGUAAGGGAUGUCGUCAAGCUGAAAAAGGAGGCCUAUCGGGCCUUUUUGGCCUGUGGAACUCCGGAGGCAGCUGACAGGUACUGGCUGGCCAAGCGGACUGCUGCUUCGGCGGUCGCCGAGGCAAAAACUCGGACAUGGGAGGAGUUCGGCGAGGCCAUGCAAAACGACUUCCGGAUGGCUUCGAGGAAAUUCUGGUCCACUAUCCGGCGCCUGAGGAGAGGAAAACAGCGCAUCAUUAACACUGUGUAUAGUGAAGAUGGUGUACUGCUGACCUCGACUCGGGACGUCGUGAGCCGGUGGGGAGAAUACUUCGAAGCCCUCCUCAAUUCCACCGACACGCCUUCCUUUGAGGAAGCAGAGUCUGGUGACUCCGAGGUGGGCUCUUCGAUCUCUGGGGUUGAAGUCACUGAAGCGGUUGGAAAGCUCCUCGGUGGCAAGGCCCCGGGGGUAGAUGAUAUCCGCCCGGAGUUCCUAAAGGCUCUGGAUGUUGUAGGGGUGUCGUGGCUGACACGUCUCUACAACAUCGCGUGGAAUCGGGGACAGUGCCUCUGGAUUGGCAGACCGGUGUGGUGGUCCCCCUUUUUAAGAAGGGGGACCGGAGGGUGUGUUCCAAUUAUAGAGGGAUCACACUCCUCAGCCUCCCUGGUAAAGUCUAUUCAGGGGUGCUGGAGAGGAGAGUCCGCCGAGAAGUCGAAUCUCGGAUUCAGGAGGAGCAGUGUGGUUUUCGAGCCGCUACUCUUCCGCGUAGCGAGGAGCCAGUUGAGGUGGCUCGGGCAUCUUGUUUGGAUGCCUCCUGGACGCCUCCCUGGAGAGGUGUUCCGGGCAUGUCCCACCGGCGGGAGGCCCCGGGGACGACCCAGGACAUGCUGGCGAGACUAUGCCUCUCGGCUGGCCCGGGACCGCCUUGGGAUCCCGCCGGAGGAGCUGGUUGAAGUGGCUGGGGAGAGGGAAGUCUGGGCUUCCCUGUUAAAGCUGCUGCCCCCGCGACCCGACCCCGGAACAAGCGGAAGAUAAUGGAUGGAUGGAUAUUCUACCAAAACUUUUUUUUCUUCACCGCAACACCAGGCACUGAGAGGCUGCAGCACUCUCAGCCCCCCACUUCCCGCGGCACUGUUCCUAAGGUAAAAAUGUUAAUUGGAAAUAGGUAAGUGUCAUGAAUGGGUGUAAAAACAGCAACCCUGAUAUCCUCAGUUGUUCACAAACAAGGCUAGAGCGAGGUUCGCCACUUUGUAAAGCACUGCAUAAGCAAAAAAUUUUGGACUAUUUUAAAGUAGCAUUUCUCAACAUACAAAUGCAAGUAAUUGUUGGAUCCUUUACGGGCCAUAAUAUAAUCAAAACAUUUCAGAGAAUCCAGAAAAAAAUUGCAUUAGCAGCAAGGCCAAAAACCAAAAUGAAAUGUGACACCACCUCGUCUUUGUAGUGUACUCAAUUGAAUGUAGGUUGAAAAGGAUUAGAACAUUAUUCUUUUUUUCAAUUGACAUUUUAUAUGGGAUUUGGAGUUGUACACCUUCCACGCAGACAGCUGAAAUGGGCUCCAGCUCACCUAUGACCCUAAUGAGGAAAAACACUAAGUUGUAGAAUUUACAAUGCUACAAUUUAUUCACUCUGAGGAAUGUUAUCAAAUAACGUGACACCACUGACUCAAUAACCAACUUAUAUUGUACACACCUCAAAUAGAAUAGUUUUGAGACAGCCAUCUAUCUACCUUAUCCUCCUGGGAUGCAGCAUCUGUUUACACAUCCUUCCUCACCUGAACGAAACAGGAGGGAUUAAAUAGGACCAGAGAGACAACGUCAGGAAAAAGGGUUCUAUUCAAAAGUUUUGCUGUCUCCACCCAUCUGGACAUAAAACCUUAGUCCUUGAAAGGAAAUAAUCUCCUCACAGUGUGACUUUUAAUGCAUGUUUUUUUGUUGGAAUGUUUUUUGAGCUUUAAGGGUAACAGUGCCAAAGGUUGAAAAGGAGGUUCUAAAAGGUAAGUUUUGUUAUUUCUAUUAUGUUAAACUAUCAUGGAGAAUCCAGUCAGACAACAAUGCUACAUUGAAAUAAAGAACUUUUUAAAUAUUAAGAAAUAUUCUUUGCCCAAGAGUGGUUUAUUGAGCUUUUCCUACACAAUGGCACAAACCAAUCAAAUUAGUUUUGAUCGAUCGUGUAAACAAAUAGAAUAUCAUUGAUUUAAAUUGGUUUUCAACUCUUUUAACUUAAUGAAUAACUUAAUAAGGUAGACAAAAUGUUGGACACAGCUUUCAUUUUGUCACAGUACAGUACUACAGUACAUCACUGCAACAUUUAUAAUUUUUUCAACUUAACCUCUUUGACUGAUCGAUAUGAAUUCGAAAGGGGAGAAUAUUUCUCAUAGCUAUUAUUUUGGGUUGUAUUAGAUUGUUCAAAUAUAGAUAGUCACUGGUAUCAGUUGAUGUCACAAAUACAGUAUAAUUAAACAUUCUAUUAUAGAUAAUAUUUAUAAUAUUUUAUCAACAUUUAUUCAUUUUUUGUAUUCUUCCUCUUUCAACCAACUUUCCUUUUGGCUGAGAGAUUCGAGCUGUGUUGUGGACUCUUUGUCAUGAGCCUACUGUGGGAUGGUUUCCGAGGCCAAACCUCUAUCAGCAUUUUAAAAAAGGUGGCAGACCCGCUCUUGUACAUCCGCAUCAUUUUAAUUACUGUAACUUCUCACAAACCCACGACUUCCUCUUCUUCGAUGUGUGAUGGAGAGGAAGUGGAGGAUUAACUGACGUGCCCUGAAUGGGACUGCCAGUGUGCAUUCAAUAGACAACGUGGCUGCUGGUGUGCCAACUUCGACCUGAGAGUUGGAGGAUGACCUCCUGCUAAGUGUGAAACUCUCUUCGACACUAUCCCGGUUGGGGGUCAGUAUCCUCGAUGUUAAUGGAGGAAUGAGGGUUGCAUUUACUGCUUUUUUGAGCCCCCAGACAAGCUGCCUCGGGCCUUUCACCAAGAACAGUCCCGUUCCUUACGAUGACAUCAUCCUAAACCAUGGUGGUGGAUUCAAUCCAGCUCUUGGCAUCUUUACAGCUCCUUGCUCAGGCCUCUACUCCUUCUCAUACUCUGUCUACUCCAAGCUAGGAGAGAGGAUGUACUACAAGGUGCAGCUGAUGAAAAACACUGAGGAAGUGGCCUCUACAUGGGAGGAAAACAGGGAGGACUCGGAAGACAACAGCUCUCAAGUAGUGUUGCUGUCCCUGAGUCAGGGUAUUCAAGUUUACGUGGAGCUGGUAAGCGGCAGGCAACUAUGUAGGAACGUUCGAGGCCUGAACUCAUUUACAGGCUUCCUGCUUUACCCCGCGUCGGCUUAGCUACGACCUUCCGAGUGUGUAAGGAUCGAAAUAUGAAAUGAUCAAGAAAUAAAAAGAAUAUGUAAUGCAAAAUGAACAAUGUAUGUACUGCAUGUAAAUCUUUUAAUACGCUAACCAAAAUGGAACCUGCAAUUAUCACAAGAAGCUCAGGGCAGCUAACAUCAAUGCAUACAGUAUGUUAUCUAAAUCGCAUUUAUCUGUUAGAGUUUUAUAUAACGUAUAGAUGAGUUUUAAUAGUAAACAUUUGAAUGGAGAGAUUUGAUCUCUCUUACGAUGGACUGCUUGAUGGCUGAGUAGUUAAAAACUACUAAUGCACAGGAUUUGGUUUGCAG